GCGGUGCCGCGGGGCGGGGGCGGCGCCGGUGCCACUCGGAGCCGGAGACGCCGCCAUGCGCAGUCGGAGCAACUCGGGCGUGCGGCUGGACGGGUACGCGCGGCUGGUGCAGCAGAGCAUCCUCCGGCACCAGGACGCAGUGACCGGGCUUCUCCCCGCCAGUGCUGACCACCAGGAUGCCUGGGUCCGGGAUAAUGUCUACAGCAUCUUGGCCGUCUGGGGGCUGGGGCUCGCCUACCGCAAGAACGCUGACCGUGACGAGGACAAGGCCAAGGCCUAUGAGCUGGAGCAGAGCGUGGUGAAGCUGAUGCGGGGGCUGCUCCAGUGCAUGAUGAGACAGGUGGACAAGGUGGAGGCUUUCAAGUACAGCCAGAGCACCAAGGACUGCUUGCAUGCCAAGUACAACACCCACACCUGUGACACUGUGGUGGGGGACCACGAGUGGGGUCACCUGCAGAUGGAUGCCACCUCCCUGUACCUGCUCAUGCUGGCACAAAUGACAGCCUCAGGCCUCCACAUAAUUCACAGCCUGGAUGAAGUCAGCUUUAUCCAGAACCUUGUGUUCUACAUCGAAGCAGCCUACAAAACUGCGGACUUUGGGAUAUGGGAGCGUGGAGACAAGACGAACCAGGGCAUCACCGAGUUGAAUGCUAGCUCGAUCGGCAUGGCCAAGGCUGCCCUGGAGGCACUGGAUGAGCUGGAUCUCUUUGGAGCAAAGGGAGGCCCGCAGUCGGUGAUACGGGUGCUGUCGGAUGAGGUACAGCACUGCCAGUCCAUCCUCCAUUCAAUGCUGCCCAGGGCCUCCACGUCAAAGGAGGUGGAUGCCAGCGUGCUCUCUGUCAUCUCCUACCCGGCAUUUGCUGUGGAGGAUAGUGAGCUGGUGGAAAUCACCAAGCAGGAAAUCAUCACAAAGCUGCAGGGGCGCUAUGGCUGCUGCCGCUUCCUCCGGGAUGGAUACAGGACCCCAAAAGAGGACCCCAGCCGCUCCUACUACGAACCUGCUGAGCUGAAACUGUUUGAGAACAUCGAGUGCGAGUGGCCGCUCUUCUGGGCGUACUUGGUCAUCGAUGGCAUUUUCAGCGGAAACAUGGAGCAGGUGCAGGAGUACCGGGAAGCCCUCGAGGGGGUUCUCAUCAAGGGGAAGAACGGGGUGCAGUUGGUGCCAGAGCUGUACAGCGUCCCACCAGAUAAGGUGGAUGAGGAGUACAGGAACCCCCACACUGUGGACAGGAUACCCAUGGGCAAGCUGCCGCUCAUGUGGGGGCAGUCCCUCUACAUCCUGGGCUGCCUGAUGGCCGAGGGCUUUCUAGCUCCUGGUGAAAUAGAUCCACUCAACCGCCGGUUUGCGACUGUCCCCAAGCCUGAUGUGGUGGUCCAAGUGUGCAUCCUGGCAGAGACAGAGGCGAUUAAGGCUAUCCUGAGGAAGGAGGGCAUCGAUGUGGAGACUGUGGCAGAUGUCUACCCCAUCAGAGUGCAGCCUGCUCGCAUCCUCAGCCACAUCUAUGCCCGACUGGGCCGCAACAAGCAGAUGUGCCUGACGGGACGGCCCUACCGGCACAUGGGUGUCCUUGGGACCUCCAAGCUCUACAAGAUCAGGAAGAACAUCUUUACCUUUACCCCACAGUUCAUAGAUCAGCAGCAGUUCUACCUGGCUCUCGACAAUAAGAUGAUUGUGGAGAUGCUGAGGACAGACCUCUCAUACCUCUGCAGCCGCUGGAGGAUGACUGGGCGGCCAACCAUCACCUUCCCAGUCUCCCACACUAUGCUCGAUGAAACCAGCAGCAGCGUGCACCCCACGGUGCUAGCAACGCUGCGGAAGCUGCAGGACGGGUAUUUCGGUGGUGCAAGGAUCCAGACUGGUAAGUUGUCGGAGUUCCUGACGACAUCGUGCCGAACACACCUCAGCUUUAUGGACCCUGGGCCAGAGGGUAAGGUCUUUGCCAAGCAUUACAAGCUCAGCAUUGACAGCUUUGAGGAGCUAAACACUGAGGAGUGGCUGCAUGGCUUGCACAUAGCAGAGGAUGAAGACACAUAUGACGAGGUUGCUCAGUACUUGGACCACUUGCUGCAGCGCACAGUUCCCCAGUCGAACCUGCCUCCCACCGCCCAGCGGGGAGGGCUGAGCCGCUUCCGAGCUGCUGUCCACACCACCCGUGACCUCAUGUCUCUGGCAUCCAAAGCCAAGGACCUUCAUGUCCAGAAUGUUGGGUUAUAUGUCCCCAGCAAGAUCUUCCAGACAUCCCAGCAGUCGGUUAAGCUGCUGAGUUCACCUCACCAGCAGGACAUGGAUGGCAAGAGCCAGGCACUCCAUGCAGAGAUGAACCUGCCCCGUGACGAGCAUGGCAACGUGGACUGCAAAGCACUGGUGGACCAGCUGCGCAUCUGCCCCACGCUGCAGGAACAAGCAGACAUCCUCUACAUGCUCCACAUCCUCAAGGGGCCCAAUUGGCACACAGGGCUUGAUAGCGAGCCUGGCCCCACCGUCAAGGAGCUCCUCACUGAGCUGUACGUGCGAGUGGGGGAGACGCGCCAGUGGGCCCUGAUCCGGUACAUCUCUGGCAUCCUCAAGAAGAAAGUGGAAGCUCUGGAUGAGGCCUGCACUGACCUCCUGUCUCACCAGAAGCACUUGACGGUGGGGCUGCCCCCAGAGCCACGUGAGAAGACAAUCUCCACCCCAAUCCCCUAUGAAGAACUUGUUUGUCUCAUUGAUGAAGCCAGUGAGAAGAACCUCAGUGUGUCCAUCCUCACCCAGGAGAUCAUGGUGUACUUGGCCAUGUACAUUCGCACACAGCCUGCGCUCUUUGCUGAGAUGUUCCGCAUCCGCAUCGGGCUCAUCAUCCAGGUGAUGGCAACAGAGCUGGCACACUCCCUGCACUGCUCAGAUGGAGAAGCCACUGAGAACCUGAUGAAUCUCAGCCCGUCAGAUAUGAAGAGCCUCCUCUACCACAUCCUCUCCGGCAAGGAGUUUGGGGUGGAAAAGAGUGUGCGAUCGGUCAACUCAUCGCUCACCACUGCUAUCUCCAUCUGUGAUGUGGGGGCUGUCGGGGCCACCAAGCCUGAGCGUGCCGGCCUCAUCAGGCUGAAAAGUGAGAUCAAACAGCAACUGGAUAAACGUAGGCAGUCUCUGACUGGGAGUAAGCCCCUCAGUUUGCAGUCUGGUGAUGCCGACCUGAAGUCCUCUCUGUCCACUGGGCACUCUGAGCUGCUGGGCAAGGGCUCCUUUUCAAGCAUGCUGGAAGACCAGGGCAGUAAGGACAGCCGUCAGGGCCAGUGGCAGCGGAGACGGCGGUUGGAUGGGGCCCUCAACCGUGUCCCUGUGGGCUUCUACCAGAAGGUCUGGAAGGUCCUGCAAAAGUGCCAUGGCCUCUCAGUGGAGGGCUUCAUUCUCCCUUCUUCAACAACCAAGGAGAUGACCCCAGGGGAAAUUAAGUUUGCUGUGCAUGUGGAGUCGGUCCUCAACCGUGUACCCCAGCCAGAGUACAGGCAGCUUCUGGUGGAGGCUAUCUUAGUGCUCACCAUGCUGGUGGACAUGGAGGUGCACACCAUUGGCAGCAUCAUAGCCGUGGAAAAGAUCUUGCAUAUGGCUAACGACCUCUUCUAUGAGGAGCAGAAGGCUCUGGGCGCUGAUGACCAAAUGCUGGAGAAGGAUCCCACGACGGGAAUCUGCAGCCUGCUGUAUGACAGUGCACCGAGUGGUCGGUUUGGCACCAUGACCUACCUGUCCAAGUCGGUGGCCAUGUACGUGUAUGACUUCCUGCCCACCGACGGCUGCUCCAUGCAGUAGCUUGUGGCUCCUCUCCCUGAGUUGCAGAUGCUGUAGGAGGGUUGUUUCAUACAGCUUUUAACGAUGGGCAUUAGACUAGUUUGCAGGCAGCCUGCGUGGCCAUCUCUCCUCCCAGUCCUGACCUGUUGGUGGGUUGAGCAGCUCUCCCAAGGUGCACAGAAGGCACACGUGCUAAGCUGACCCAUGCCUGCACACAGCAUAUGGAGCAGGGGCUGAGCUUUGAAGCCUGCCUGUGUUAAAAGUGUCUGCCCACACAGCUCCUGCUGGGCCAUCAUCCCUGGAGGGGCCUGUGUUUCAAGGAAAUGGAAAGGGCCUCCUCCACAGGCAUCUGUUCUCAGCACUGCAGCACUCCCUGGCCAGCUCAUCCUCUCCCUGCCCCAGCAGAUUUGAGGUUUUUAAUGUGUGCUGCUGUCCUGUGCUGCUCUUUAUUCCAAAUCUGCUGGGUUGAUACUAGCAAAGUCUGGAGCUCUUCCUGCUGCUGAUAGAAAACUUUGUUAGAGGGAUAGGGGAUGCUGCUUGAGCCUCUCUCCACACACCCCAAAUAAAAGCAAUCCAACCCAGCCACAGCUGUGCAGCUUGGGAGCAGGCAGCCCAUUGUGUCCCUCUCAGGUGUCCUGUGCUGGCCGUUCAACCCCAGCCCCUCUGAAGGGCACAGCAGCUCUGGGGGGCAGAGGGGGGGGUUUUGCCCUGCCCAUCUGCCCCAGGGCUGCUGCGUGCAAUAAUGACACAAGGAAACAGAAGCCAGGCACUCCCAGGCUUUUCUGCAGUUAUGUUGUAUGUGACCCUCGACCUCAACUGCACUUGACUUCUCUUCCCCCACCAAACCCACUGUCCAAGACAGCACGAGAACCCUGGGCCUCCUCAGGCAGCUCCUGCAUCUCUCCAGUCUCUCUUCCCUCUGGGGCUGCUGGGUCCCCACUCACUCCCAAGGCCCCUUUAGAGCCCUUUUUUGUGGACACCUCAAUUCAGUGCUUCACUUUUAGGGACAUCACCUUUGAGGGUGUUUCGCCUUCUGAGUCUCCAUUCACUCCCAGCCUAGGGCUGAUGAUGAAUCCCCAUCCUCUCCUCACCUCUCCAAAUUGAUUUUUGAGAGAGACUUGUAUGUGCCAUCAGUCCUGUCAGAUGUGAUCAAGCCUGAGGAGGCGAUUGGGUGUCCGUGCACCAUCUCCAUUGCCACUCGUCACCAAGAAGAGAGUCUUUAAAACCAGAACUUCCUGUCCCGUAGAACCCAAUAGUACCAGUAGCUUAAUCUAAAUCACAAGAAGAAAGCAAGUAGAAAAGACUCUUAAAAAGACCAGUUCCUUGGGCAUUUUAUUGACAGCACCUUUGAGGAAGAGCUCAGCCUUCAGGCACUGCACUGGGGAUGGCCUUUUAUUGAUGAGCUGCGUUUGGACCAGCUGCAUCUGACACAGAGUUGUGCCAUGGUCAGGCACAACUGGGUCAAACCUCCAGACAAGUAGCAUAAGCCCAGAAGAUGAUCUCUGAGAAGGAUUAUCACAAUGGAAAGCAGCAGACUUCUGGCCUGAGAUAAACUCUGGGAAGUGUGCAGAGAAGGGACGGCAGGUUUUUGCUGAUGAAGCGGAGUCCAUUGGGCCAGUUUGCACAGGGCAGCUCUGAGCUCCUUGUUCCUCAUGCUGUAGAGGAGGGGGUCACUGCUGGAGGCACCACCCACUACAGAAAUGACAGUAGCAGGUCCAGGGAUAGGGAAGAGACGGAUGGGGGCUUCAGGUGGGCAAAUGUUCCAGUGCUGAUAAACAGGGAGACCACAGCCAGGUGAGGGAGGCACAUGGAAAAAGCUUUGUGCUUUUUUGUGUCCCUGCUCAGAGAGGAUCCUCAGUACUGCCCUGAAGAUCUGCACAUAGGACACCACAAUGAAAACAGAAACCCAGGUGCUAAACUGGCAAUAACCAUAAGGCCAGCUUCCCUUAUGUAGGACUUUAAGCGGGAGAGCAUGAGGAUCUGGGGAAAGAUCCACUGAAGAGCUGGUCCACAGUGUUGCCCUGGUAGAGUGGGCAGCAGAGCAUUGAGAAACCCAGCACCCCAGGCAGCUGCUGCCAUGUGGACACAAGCUCUGCUGCCCAGGAGGGUCCCACAGUGCAGGGGUUUGCAGGUGGCAACAUAGCGGUCAUAGGACAUGAUGGUGAGAAGAUAAUACUCUGCACUGAACAAGAAGAUUAAGAGAAGGACCUGGGCAACACAUCCUGCACAGGAGGUGGUACUGGUGUCCCAGAGGGAAUUGGCUAUGGAUUUGGGAACAGUUGUGGAGAUGGACCCCAGGUUAAGAACAGAGAGGUUGAGGAGGAAGAAGUGCAUGGGGGUGUGGAGGUGGUGGUCACAGGCUAUAGCAGUGAUGUUGAGGCCAUUUCCCAGGAGGGCAGCCAGGUAGAUGCCCUGGAGGAACCAGAAGUGCGAGAGCUGCAGCCAGCCUCUGUGAAUGCCAGGAGGAGGAAUGGAGCUGCUGUUGGACAUUUGCUGCCUCUGGGCAUGGGGCACUGCCAGAGGAGGAAAGGACAGAGACAAGUUAGGGGAGACUUCUCUGAGGAAAUCAAAGUGAUUUCUCAUUCCCCUCCCCCUGCUGCACACACACCGUCCCUUUUCUUGCAGUCCUUCUUUCAGGUCCAUGCUUGGAGUCCUGCUUGGUGCCAGCUGAAUGUGCCAGGAGGAGCAGGGCCUCUGCCUGCUGGCUGCCAGGACUCAGCCCUGCUCUCCAGCAGGGGGUCAUGGGGAUGGUGGGGACUGUGGUCACGGCUGGGGUUCAGUUUUGUCCUGUGGAACUGCUCCUGGUGCAGAAGUGCCUGUCAGCAUCUGAACUGCCAGGGAUGAGGAACCGAGGGCGCAGAAGGCAUGUUUAAUGGUUAAGGGUUUUUACAUCUCUUACUGUCCCACCCUGAAGAGUGUUCUUGGAUGUCAGAACCCCUCAGCAUCUCUGCUGCACUCAGGGAGAACAGAGGGAGUCCUGCAAGGGGAGAGCAUUGCCUGUGCCUUAGAGCAGAGGGAGGAGAGCUCUUCUGUCCCUCGCUCUUGUUCCCGGCUGCUCUGGGCUUGCACCUUUCUGAGAUAGAGGAGGAUCUAUCUCAGAUCUAUCUCGGGGUAAUUCCCAUGUUACCCUGAAAACCACUAGGUCCCUAUUGAGAGCAGAGGGAUCCACCUCACACCACUCAAGGUCUCACCUUUUCCAAAGGUCUCAGCACCCCACUUUCAGCCCCAGACACACGUGGCUCAUAUCACAAACCCAACAGUAUUUUCUCGUAGCAUCUCUGCAUUUCUCCAUGGGGCUUUCAGGUAACACAAAGUAGAAGAUCUUUAAGGUCCCUUCAAGGAUCACAUUCCGAUGUUACUGCGAAAUGCCACUAGGCCCUGCUGAGAGCAGAGGGAUCUACCUCACACCACUCAAUGUCUCACCCUUUCCUAAGGUCUCAGUACCCCACUUUCAGCCCAAGACACACACGGCUCAUUUCACAAACCCAAAAGCAUUUUCCCUGUCAUAGCAUCUCUGCGCUUCUCCAUGGAGCUUUCAUGGUAGGUAUAUAUCUGAAACACCACCCAAAACUGAAUCAUCAUUUUGCCUUUCAGAAGCGUUCAUUUUUUCCCCAGCAACUUUUCCAAAUCAGUUCGCCAGACAUUGCACUUUUUAACUAUGACUGGCAAUAGAGGUGCAACAAAACAGUAUGAGGAAACAAUUUUUCUCCUAAGAUUCCUGACUUGACCAGAAAUAGACAGUACUGGAAAUAGUGCAAACCUCAUCUUCCUUGAAGACUUUCCAUCCCAGUUUUGCAGACUGUAGGCAUUUGGGUUGGAAUUGGAUGGGCUUUAAGGUCCCUUCCAACCCAAUCCAUUCUAUAAUCCUAUGAUCUGCCAUCUCAACACAAGCAGGUAGAGUUCUCACUGGCGUUGAGGGUAGACUUGGCAACUCAGAGCAGAACUAGGUAGACCUCCCACCCGGCAGAGCUGUUGGCCAAGCAUAGCGGGGUAGACCUGGCAUUCUGAUGGAGCCAGGAAGAUGUGCUGCCAGGCAGACCCAGGUGCCCUGCUUGCUCGGCAGAGCUGCCUAAACUUGGCAACGCAGCGUAGCCAGACCUGUCACCUGGAGAAGCGGGGAAGACCUGACAGCCAAGUGUAAGGGAUCAGACCUGGCAUUCUGGUGGAGCAGGGCAGACUUUCAGCCAGGCGUUGCUGGGUGGACCUGCUCUCAGCGGAGUCAGGUAGACCUGUCAGCCUGACAGAGCUGGGGAGACCUGGCAGCCCAGCACAGAUUAGAAAUGCCAUUUUGUGGAGUGGGGAGACCUGGACAGCCGAUGGGAGCUGGGAAGUUGCCGUCAAAGCAGAGUAGACCUGAUAGCCCACCGUAGCUAUUACCCGCUACUCUGGUGCGGCGGGGUAGACCUGGCAGCCAGUAUUGCCGAGUUGACCUGUCUGCAAAUCAGAGCCGGGGAAAACCUAGUGGAACUUAGACCUGCCACCCAGCGGAGGUGGCUAGACCUCGCAGCGUUUGUUUUCCCCAUUAAACUGUCUCCAUCUCGACCUAGGAGUCGCCUCCUAGACUCUGGUUCUUCAGCGCAAGAUGCGUUUGUAUCAUGUGAUCUCACUAGAGCCUCCUAGGACCCAUCUAGGGCUCCCAGGGCCCCACGAGAGCCUCCUGGGACCCCUUUAGGGCCUUCAAGGACCUCUGUAGGACCCCCAGGACCCCUCUCUAGCCCCACAGGACUCCUCUAGGACACUCAGGGCCCCUCUAGAGCCACCCAUGAUCCCUCUAGGACCCUCUGGACUCCUCUAGAGCCACCCAGGACCCCUCUAGGACUCCCAGAACCCUUCUAGAGAACCCUAAGACCCCUUUAGGAAAUUGCAGAGUUUGUUUUCCCCAUUAAACUGUCUCCAUCUUGACCUAGGAGCCCUCUGG